GCCCGGGCCGCACUGCGCCGCCCGCCGCCCGCCCGCCCGCUUGCCGCCAGCGCCGGCACCGCCGCCCAGCAAUCGAGCCGCGGCGGCUCAGAGCGCGGCUGCGGCGGGCGCGGGCGGCGGCGGUACCCCCCUGCCUGUCGGUCCUGGGAGCUUCGCCUGCGCGCCUGACCGCGGGGGGACAGCGCGCGCUCCCGCCCGCAGCGGGGGCGGGGACACGGCACCGCCAACCCCCAAGAUGAAGAAGCUGAAACGCAGAGAAGGAAAGUGAUACACCCAAAGACAGAACUAGUCAUCGCAGUGCACUAACCAGGUGGCCUGCCUCAGGCCUCUGCCCUGAGGCUGGGAGGCGCCAGCCACCAGCAUGCCUUGGGACGCGCAGCGGCCAGGGGGCGGCGCAGACGGCGGGGCUGAGGGCGCAGGCGCGGCGCGCUCGCGGGCGCAGAAGCAGUGCCGCAAGUCGUCGUUCGCCUUCUACCAGGCUGUGCGGGACCUGCUGCCCGUGUGGCUGCUCGAGGACAUGCGCGCCAGCGAGGCCUUCCACUGGGACGAGCGCGGACGCGCCGCCGCCUACUCGCCGUCCGAGGCGCUGCUCUACGCGCUCGUGCACGACCACCAGGCGUACGCGCACUACCUGCUGGCCACGUUCCCGCGGCGCGCGCUCGCGCCGCCCAGCGCGGGCUUCCGCUGCUGCGCGGCGCCCGGGCCGCACGUGGCGCUGGCGGUGCGCUACAACCGCGUGGGCAUCCUGCGCCGCAUCCUGCGCACCGUGCGCGACUUUCCGGCGGAGGAGCGCGCGCGCCUGCUCGACCCGGGCUGCAGCCGCGUGGAGGGUGGCGGCACGUCGCUGCACGUGGCCUGCGAGCUGGCGCGCCCCGAGUGCCUCUUCCUGCUGCUCGGCCACGGUGCCUCGCCUGGCCUGCGCGACGGCGGCGGCCUCACGCCGCUGGAACUGCUCCUGCGCCAGCUGGGCCGCGACGCCGGGGCCACGGUCACUGCCGCCGCCAACGCCGCCACCGGGCCGCCUGCACCCGGGGAGCCGCGCCAGCGCCGCCUGCUGCUGCUCGACCUGCUGGCGCUGUACACGCCCGCAGACGCCGCUGGCCCGGCCCGCCGCGAGCUGCUGGGCGACCGGCCGCGCUGGCAGCGGCUGCUGGGGGAGGACAAGUUCCAGUGGCGCGGCCUGGCGCCACCCUCGCUCUUCGCGCGUGCCAUGCAGGUGCUGGUCACCGCCAUCUCGCCCGGCCGCUUCCCCGAGGCCCUGGACGAGCUGCCGCUGCCACCCUUCCUGCAGCCGCUGGACCUCACUGGCAAGGGCUAGACCGCGGGGGCAUCCUGGCGCUGGCUUUUUGGAGAAUACUAUUUUUCAGAGCGUUGUACCCGGCACUUUACAUACAUUGUCUCUGUACGCGGAAUCACAGCUUCGUCUGUCGCGUGCUUUAGGGCGGGGCCGGGCCGGGCAGGCGGGCCCCAAGCGGCAGGUUUUCUGUAUCUCAGCUGGGCUCAGCUCCCUGGCUCGCUCCCUGGAGCGAGGUUGCGGGGUCAGGCGACUCCUGAGAGCCAGGCCCUGCCUUCAACUCACUUCCCAGGCUGACGGUGGGGAGCACCCACCUCCCACCUUGAUUUAGAGGCUCUGGGAAGGUGUCCCAGACGGAGUGACAGCUGAGCUGAGCUGGAGUUGGGCAGGUGCAGGGGCGCGACGGACUCGUCCAAGUAGGGCAGGCAUAUGCAGAGGGGUGGAGGCCGGGUGAGGCGCCGCAGGGCUGCGGGGCCUGGGUCCUCUGCACAGUCAGCGUGUCGGGCCUCGGGCUCCGGCUCAGAUCCUGAGAGCUGUGGAGGGCAGGAAGGCCUGCGCUGCCCUGGGAGAGGAAGGCCCCAGGCGGUGCCUCCUUUCUCCCAUCCUUCCUGGCCAUCUGCCCCUCCUUGGGUACCACUGGGACUCCCCCACCCAAACAAGCCCAGGCCUGGCCUUGUCCUUGUCACCCUGCUGCUUUCUGACGAUUAGCCGCUCCCUAGUCCUGGGCUCCUGCUUCUCACACCUCUGUUGUGGCUGUGCUGCCUCAGGGCCCCGGCCCCCAGUGGGCGCCCCCCCCCCCAAGCAGGGUUAGAAGUGCCUUCCCCUGGGCCUGUGCUCUGGCCAGCUCUGGGCUGGGCUCCCGUGGCCCCAACCCAGUGGCUGUUAGGUGGGGCCCCUGGGUGAUGGGGUGGCUGCGGGCCACCCCUUUUGCCUCAGCCAACAGAACUGGUUUCUGCAGAAAGGUUUUGAGGAUGGAGGCUUGUUGCCGGAUGUACCACGACUCUUCGGGACAUCAUAGGGACCCUGGCUAAAAAGUUGGGGCCGUGCCCUGGGAAGCCUUGGGAUCAGGAAGGGUGGCCAGGCUGUCCUGCCCGGGAAUUCUGCUGGGCCGUGAAAUUUAAGCCGCACCAGCACGGGCUGGAGGGCCACGAUGUUCUGCCAGGAGCAGAGGGCUAAAGAUCUGCUUGAUGAAUAGUGACCGCCCAGCUGGGGCCACCCACUGCCCACCCUGUCCCCAGUGUCCCCAGGCUGAGGGGGCUUUGGGUGGUGGGCCAUCGGAAGGAGGAGGGUGCGGAAGGGGCUUGGGCAGCAGGAAGUUGUUGCCUGGUGCAGGGGCCUGGUUUAGGUUUGCACCUGCCACCACUCUUAGUGUCCCCAGCUGUUUUCCAAGUGGUUUGGGGCAUCUGCAAGCUCCCCACCUGCCCUGAAGUGUGGGUGGGUGCGUGCCAGCCCUGUGGGGAGGAGGGGAGUGUGGAGGCCUGCACAGCCCAGCGGCUGAUCCUGGGUCCUGGGUGAGGGCUCCUCUCCUCCUGCUGUGUGUCCCGGGCCAGUUAAAUAGCCUCUGUGAACCUUGACCCUUGGAGUCAGUGGCUAGUCACAUCUCUUCUAACUUGAGACUUGGGGCAGCAGGAGCCCCAGGUCCUCACAGCAGAUCCGCAGUGGCAUCUGAGAUUGGGCCCCUGGAGGUGCUGGGAACUCCGCUGCCCUCACGGCCCGGCAGCUUCUGCCUGGAAAGAGCCCUGGGACCUGACGGGCCCCUGGGUGUGUGGAUCCCGCCUGGUGACUGCUCAGUCCCUCCUGGCCCAGUCCCCCACUUUGCUCGUCUCUAGACCUACAGCUGCCCCUUUGGUGACAAGCUCGUUCGAGCCCCCUGGGCUGGGGCCGGGGUGAUGCAGGGCUGGCGGGGAUCCCCCAGGCCCUGCCGUCAGGCAGGAAGGAGGCAGCCAGCUGCUGGGCUGGUCCUGGAGUGGAGGGCAGGGUGCGGGCAGCCGGGCCACUGGGCAUCGGCCCCUGAUGUCCUCGCUGGGGCUGGGGCUGCGCAGGGAAGGCUGAGGUGCCACAAAGCCUCGAGGCGGCAGCAGAGCGGGUCCUGAUUCCUGGCUCAGCUCCUGCUAAGUCUCACUGGGGAUGCUCAGGGCACUCCCGGGGGCGGGGGGGGCAGUGAGCUGAGAACCCAGAGCAGCAGUGCAGGGCGGAGAGGCCUUGGGGUUGUCUGGUGGCAGCUGCUGGCGCCCCCCGCCCCUUCACCACUGUCACCCUGGCGCUGAGCGUGGAGGGCUGGAGUCAGCCGGGGGACUCAGCUCUUGGCCACUAGCGGGUAGUCUCGAUGGCUUCUCAGAGGCAAAACGCUGUGCCUGAACAAGGUUCUUCAUCCCCUGACUGUGGCCAGUCCUGCCCACCCGGGGGCCCAGUGACCCCUGCUCGGGAGAGCUCAGGGGCCUGUUGGAGGACACAGCUGCUCUCCCCACCCCACGUGACCUGAUGCCUGAAGCCUGAAGACACCCAGGCCUGUGCUGUUGGGGUGGCCUAGGGAGGUGUCAAGAGGGCAGGGAGGCAAGGCCCUCACUACCCCCCCCCCCCCAGUCAUGGUGACAAGGGCCCUGUGCCGGAGCUGUGGCACCACUGCUGUGUGCCAGUUCAUCCCAUCAACACCUCACUUUCCUGCUGAUCUCCUUCCUUCCUGAUGUCUUCAACUUUAAAAUACGGUAUCGAGGAGCUCCCUGGUGGCGGGCUAAGGAUCCAGCAUUGUCACUGCUGUGGCUGGGGUUCCAUCCUUGGCCUGGGAACUUCUGCAUGCCAUGGACAGGGCCGAAAAAAAAAAAAAUUAAAAAAAUAAAUAAAAUACUGCAUCGAGAGCAGUUUCCUAAGUGACCCCAAAUCCUAUUCAGAACAAGAAUGCUUCCUGGAAGUCAGGAAGGAGGGGCCGGGCGUGACUGGGGAAGGCCUUGCAGGGCCGAGCUGGUUCCAGGAGUGGCUGUGACGAGCCCUGGUCCGCAGGGGGAACCGAGGCAUAACUGACAUGGGGUAAGUGCAGAGGCUGAGUGCGGAGUCACGACCAAUGUCAUCACACGUGCAAGCGCCACCCCAGUGGAGCCCUAGAGGUACAGAGGUGAAGGGCGCUCGCUCGCUCUCCUCUGUGAUUUUAAAGACUAACUGCCUAGAGAAGUGCUGGAGGUAGCACACUCGACUGCACAGAUCCAGGGCAGGACGUGGCGGGGCCCCGAGGGGGAGGCACCGGCUGUCCUGGCUGUCCUGGUCCCCACCCUGCGGCUCCCCGCGGGCCCCCCCACCUGCCCGCACCCCACCACCCAUACAACCACUGCUGGUGUUUUGGUGUGUUUUCUUCCAGUUUUUUUCUAUGCACAUAUAUACACAUGUUAAAUUUUUUCUAUGCAUAUUUUUUACAUACAUGACAUCAAAUUAUUUAAAAACGUACUGUAGGCUAAGCAUUUCCAUAUAUUGUAGACUCCUUUGUAAAUAUGACUUUUAAGAAGCCUUUGGUGUCUAUUUUGUGGUAACUUGAUUCAGCUGGUGUUGAUACGAUAAAGAAUGUUAGGACUGAGUCUUUAAAA